AUGCUUUCCGGAGACGAAGAAGAGCAGUAUGUGGACAGAAUUGAGAACCAUCAGUAUGAUAAUGCAUCCGAGACAGCGAGGAAGCGAGAACAGGAAUCCCAAGAAAUGAUUUACCAGAUCCCCGAACCUGAAGGCGCUCAUAGCCCACCAGAAACAUCUCCACCAGCUGGACCUGAGACAGCUUCACAGUCUCUAGCUUCUUCAGCAUCCACACAACUGAUGACCACACCAACUGCUGCAUCGACAGCCAUCAGACCUGCAGCCUCAACCACUGCCCCUGCAGCCAUUGAUGUAUUUUCAUCCCAAUCCCCUUCAUCACUGGCCCUCAGACCUCAAGCCUCACCUUCUGCCCCCCAGGUUACACCCCCUGCUCCUACGGUUCCUAUGAACACGCCAGCAUUCACAUCUAACAGUAAUUCUCAUGUAAGUGCAGAGUCCCCUCCCCUUAAUGCCAUGUCACUCUCUUCAACUCUUGACAUUGAUGGAAGCUCACCAAGGACAGACUCGAACCCAUCACUUGAGGCAAGUUUGGAUCCUGCACAGUGGCUGAAUGCUGGUACCCCAGAGGUCUUUUACAGAAGGGCACAUGUGGAACCACCUAAUAGUACUUCUAUCAAUGACUUUGUCGUUGAUGAUUCAGAGGAAGGGGAAGAGGACGAUAUUAUUGCAGUUCCUUUUGAAAGUGACAUGCCUACGUCGGAGGAAGUGGAUCUUGCCAUAAUUCUGAGCGCUUUUCGAGAGGAUCACCUUUCUGGGGGCGUCAUUUCCACUUGUUGCAUCAGGAGGAAAAAGCUUCUGGAGAGUGCCAUUAAAGCAAUCUCCAGAGUCACUUUCUGUUGGACCGAUUCACCACAGAUUGAGUUUGUAGGAGAAGAUGCAGAUGAUAUGGGGGGACCACAGCGAGAGUUUUUCAGACUCUUGAUGAUAGCGGUUCAGACCUCUCUUGGCAUUUUCGAAGGAAAGGCUGGCCAGGUCUUUCUUAGUUACGACCAAGCAGCAUUAGACCAAAAUAAGUACUUCAAAGCUGGGAAUCUUAUCGCUUGGUCGAUUGCACAUGGAGGUCCAUGUAUCAAAGCCCUGGAUCCCAGCCUCUUCCAGCUGAUGUGUGGCCAGGAGCCACAGCUUGAGCAGUUUGACUGGCAGUUGCUGCCUGACCCAGAUGUGCAAAGCAAAGUCAAAAGGAUCCUAGAGUGCAAGACUGCAGGGGACCUGACAGCACUCCAGAAAGACUUGGGGGACUGGAUUAAUGAGUGUGGUGUCCCAUUCAUAUUCACAGCUACAAUUGAAGACAUACCAAAAAUCUAUGCUUAUGUGGUGAAGCACUACAUCUUUCUCAGAACGGCCAGAAUGGUACACCAGUUCACAGAGGGAAUGAACACUUUUGGGAAGCUGUGGGACCUGGUAAAGGGGAACUGGAUUGCCUUCCUACCAUUGUUCACCAACAUGCAGGAGCCUUUGUCAAAGGCAGCAUUCAAGGCCAUCUUCACUUACAGUUACAGCAGUAGAGGAACCAACCGACGUGAGGAAGAGGAGGACACCAUCUACUGCUGGGAGCUGGUUCUGAACAUGAUUGAAGGAACAUUUUAUUAUUUUAAGAACACUAUAAAAUUUAAUUAACGCCUACAAAGUCCAUUUAAAAUGUACUGUGACACAGGUCAAAUAAUGAAAGUGUAAAUGUGGGAUGUAAUUUCAGUAUAGAAAAAUGUGGUCCAGAGAGUCAUG